GCUGGGGGGAGGGGCUGCAGGGGGAGCCAGGUGAACUUGCGGCUCCCUGUGCGGGAAGCUGGCACUGGUGGGAUGAUGAGGGUCCCCCCCUGCAGAGCCCCCCUGCGCCUGCUGCCUGCACUCACCGCCUGGGCAAGGGGCUGGGGAGCCCCGCUGGGCCUGGGGAUCCUGGCUGGCCCCUCCCGGCGGCACUACAAGAAGGAGAUGCUCCCUGCCUCCGAGGGCCCCAUGCCGCCCGUGACCGUCACCGAGAUCCGCCAGUACCUGCGAGCCCAGGGCAUCCCCUUCCACGACGGCUACAGCUGCCUGCACGCGCCCAGCCUCUUCGUGGAGGGGCCGGGGGAGCCACAGCCCCCCGCCGGCAGCACCCGCUACACCCUCUUCAUCGACAAGACCACGGGCAGCUUUGUGUGCACAGCCACCCUGGCCGAGGGCACUUGGCAGGACUUCCAGGCCAGUGUGGAGCUGAAGCACAAAGGAGUGCGUCAUGCUGGCCUGGAGCAGCUUGACGGGGUGGACCAGGCUGGGGAGGACGCCCGCCAUAUCUGGGACCGGGCGCUGCCACUCUGGGAGCUGCUGGACGAGGAGGAGACUCGGACAGCCAAGGCCAUGUUCGGCAUCUCCAAGGUGUCGGACGCCACCCUGAAACGCUUCAGGGUGCGCUACCUGAGGACUGCCCGCACCCUGGUCUUCCCCUGGUUCAGCCCCCGUGGCACUGGCCUGAAGGGCCUGAAGCUGCUGGGGGCCAAGUGCCAGGGGGACACGGUACUUUACGUGGAGAACACUCUCCCUCGGCCAAGCGCCUAUCACAACCUCUUCGGGCUGCCCCUGAUCGGCCGCAGAGACACAGAGGUGGUGCUGACAGGCCGGGAGCUGGACACCCUGGCACUGUACCAGGCUACUGGCUUGCCCAGCUUGUCCCUACCCCGUGGGGCUACCUGCCUGCCCCCGGCCCUGCUUCCCUAUCUAGAACAGUUCAAGCGCAUCAUCUUGUGGCUGGGUGAAGACCUCCGCUCCUGGGAGGCCGCCAAGCUCUUUGCCCGCAAACUAAACCUCAAACGCUGCUCCCUGGUGCGGCCUGGCGACCAGCAGCCCCGGCCCCUGGAGGCUUUCACCCGCGGUAUGAACCUCUCCAAGAUCCUCCGCUCCGCCCUGCCUGCUGGGCACAAGUCCAUUAUCUCCUUCCGCCAGCUGCGGAAUGAGGUCUUUGGGGAGCUGUCCAACGUGGAGCAGGUGGCCGGGGUCAAGUGGGCCCGCUUCCCUGAGCUGAACAGACUCCUCAAGGGCCACCGGAAAGGGGAGCUCACCAUCUUCACAGGCCCGACGGGCAGUGGGAAGACGACCUUUAUCAGCGAGUAUGCCCUGGACCUCUGCAUGCAGGGGGUGAACACCCUGUGGGGAAGCUUUGAGAUUAACAACGUGCGCCUGGCCAAGAUCAUGCUGACCCAGUUUGCGGUGAGGCGGCUGGAGGAGCAGCUGAACCAGUUCGAUGAGUGGGCAGACAAGUUCGAGGACCUGCCGCUCUACUUCAUGACCUUCCAUGGGCACCAGAGCAUCAAGACGGUGAUAGAGACCAUGCUGCACGCGGUGUACAUGUAUGAUAUCAGCCACGUGGUCAUUGACAAUCUCCAGUUCAUGAUGGGGCAGGAGCAGCUCACUGUGGACAGGCUUGCCGUCCAAGACUACAUCGUGGGCGCCUUCCGGAAGUUUGCCACGGACAACAGUUGUCAUGUAAGCCUGGUCAUCCACCCUCGGAAGGAGGACGAAGAGCGAGAGCUUCAGACGGCCUCUAUCUUUGGGUCUGCGAAGGCCAGCCAGGAGGCCGACAACGUGCUGAUCCUCCAGGACAGGAAGCUGGUGACGGGACCAGGGAAGCGGUACCUGCAGGUGUCAAAGAACCGCUUUGAUGGGGAUGUGGGGGUCUUCCCCCUGGAGUUCAGCAAAGCAUCCCUCACCUUCUCCACUCCUGUCAAGGGGAAGGCCCGGCUGAAGAAGGUGAAAGAUGACAAUGGAGCGCCGCCAAAGCAGGCUCCAGCUGGAGGCAGUGGGGCUUCUAAGAAGCAGUGACCCAGCCCGUGGCAUGGGCUGCUCUGGUGCAAUCUCUUCCCCGGAGCACUCCUCGGCCAGUGUUUAUAUCAGCCCUGAGGGGAAGGGGGCUGAUGCCAGGUGCUGGGGCAGAGGAGAUGGGGACACAGCACUGCCAGUUUCCAUCAGAGACUCUCAAAGCCAAGGGGUGUGUCCUAUGCUGCUGCCAAGCGGGCCUGGCCAGGCUUGGGUUUUCUGCAGGCUCCUUGCCCCUCGGGGUGGGGGGACCUUGGUCUGGUUGCGUUUAGGGAGGAGGAAUCGCACACCUACCUCUGCGUUAUAGUCAGACGAUAAGCUAUAAACGGGCUCUUGUUUUAGAGCCUGCCAGGGGCCUGCGACACCCUGGCUGACGGAUACAGGCUGGCGCACGGUGGGGGUCCUGUGGGUUAUGCCCCUGUCCGUUCGCUUAGCACAGGUCCCGUCUGUUUGUCCCUGGGGAGCCGUAUGUCCAGACGCUGGGGUGCUGAGUCGGUGGAGCCUUCAGGCUGGAUGUCCGUUUGCCAGACCCUCUCUUUGCUCUUGUCGCUGGAGUAUUUCAGGCAAUGGGGGUAAAUCCUGACCCCAGACCCUGGAACCGAGCAGGACACGGCGCGGGUCACAAGCCAGUGUGAGUUUGCCAGGAGCUUCUCCACUCAGUCCCUAUUACACGUCUGCUCUGUGUCGUAGAACUGCUGCUGAAUUAGCUCCGCUUGUCUCAGGAGACCUCCCUCCCUUUGCUCCAGGACUGGGAUGGUGUGUUCUGCAGGCCAGUCUGGAAGGGCAGCAGCAGAACUGGGCAAGUCCUGGGGCUGGGAGAGCAGUGGCGGCAGAUCAGGAGUGAGGGACACCAGUAGAGCUGUGCAGGGCAGGUCCCAGGGCUGAGAUAGCAGGGGGUUGUGGGUCAGGAUUGAGGGGCACUGGCAGAGCUCUGCAGGGCUCAGCUAGCAGGGGGCUGCGAGUCGGG